UAGUGUUUUAAUAGAAAAACAGUACCUUCAUUGAAAGGGAGAUGAAUAUGUUGCCCUGUUUGAUUGCAGGAGCACUUAGAGUGACAAAAGCCCAACAAGAAAGACGUUGUUCAGCAGACAGGAAACUGAGGAAACAGGAGCCCUGCAGGAUGCAAAGCAGCCUCAGUGUGGGCUCUGUGAGGGCUCUGCUCUGGAGCAGCUGCACACGCGGCGUAUCCGGGGAGCUGCUGGAAGGUGGGACGGGUCUGAAGUGUUACAAACACCACAGAGCUUGUUUAUCUUCUAGAAGGGUGGACAGCAAGGAAAAGAUCCUUCAGAAACAUUUCUGAAAUAAAAACUGUGAGAGAAGUAUAUGCUGCAAGUCAGUUCACUGCUGUGAACGAGCUCUGGAGAUAACCUGGUGUGAUCUGAGUGUGGUGUUCGGCUUUGCCAAAUGUUCCUCCCCUGAAACUGUCAUCUAAACCAUUGUGAAACCAUUUCACAAAGGUUUUCUCUCACAUUUUUCUCAAAACUCAUGUUGAGGUGAUGUUACAGUUAACCAGGAAAUAACUUUAUCACUUCAGAAACACCUGACGACCUAAACAGAGCAGAAUCAAACCUCAGGUGUGUUUCUUAAAAUAUUCCUGAAAAUUAUUUCACAAUUGGUUUUGACUGUCCAAGUCAGUGUCUCUAAAAAGUUCUUGUGCAAGUGUUCACUCAUCUUUGGACAUUGUACUCCAGGUCUUCUCUAAGUUAUGGCUUCAAAAAUAUCUGAACACAAGAAUUGUGAGGGUUUUUGUGUGGCCUGGGAAGAAGAUUAUGAACUUCCAAGAGAUCACUGUGUGGUCAUUCAGAGUUGUCUUUACUGCAGUUUUUUCCAAUGUCCGCUUUUAUACCGGAGUAUUUAUGUCAAGGUGUCAGUAUUUACUCCUCACUCUUAGAGGGACUUCAACAAGUCUGUUUUGUCUGUGGGACCAGCCAUGCAUUUGAAGUUACACUGCAGUUCUUUGCAGUUUGUUGAGCCUGGAAAUGUGGUUUCAAUAGAAGUUCAGAAGUUGACUUCAGAGAACUGCUCAGAGAGAAGAGAUGAAGGUGGAGAGGAGGAGAUGAACCUGGACUGCAAGAUCCCUGUUAGGAAGGUGGCAGCAGGAGAGGACGGGGAGUCCCUGAUGCGCGGAAGGUUGGCCAUGUCUGGGAAGCACUGGCCCCCCGGGACCCAGUGUGUCACCAAGCAUGACCACACCAAGCCCAAGCCCCGGGAGCUCGCCUUCCACAAGGGAGAUGUGGUCACCAUCAUCGAGGCCAUGGAGGGCAAAGGCUGGUACCAUGCCAGACACAACGAGACAGGGCAGGAGGGGCUGCUGGCGGCCAGUGCUCUGCGGGAGCGCGGUGCCAUCCGCGUGGACCCCAAACUCAGCCUCAUGCCCUGGUUCCACGGGAAGAUCUCGGGGGUGGAGGCGGUGCAGGAGCUGCAGCCCCCCGAGGACGGGCUGUUCCUGGUGCGUGAGUCUGUGCGGCACCCCGGGGACUACGUGCUGUGCGUGAGCUUCGGCAGGGAGGUGAUCCACUACCGCGUGGUGCACGAGGGGAACACGCUCAGCAUCGACAGCCAGCAGUACUUCUCCAACCUCAUCGACAUGAUCGAGCACUACAUGAAGGAGCAGGGAGCCAUCUGCACCAAGCUGGUGAAGCCCAAACCAAAAACAGGGAUGAAGUCGGCUGAGAAGGAGUUGGCCAAAGCUGGGUGGUUACUGAACCUGAAGCACCUCACACUGGGAGACUGCAUCGGGAAAGGCGAGUUUGGAGAUGUCCUGCAGGGCGAGUACAUGGGGCAGAAGGUGGCUGUGAAGAACAUCAAGUGCGAUGUGACCGCCCAGGCCUUCCUUGCUGAAACAGCUGCCAUGACGAAGGUCCAGCACAGAAACCUGGUGUGUUUGCUGGGUGUGAUCCUGCACAACGGGCUCUACAUUGUCAUGGAGUUCAUGAGCAAGGGCAACCUGGUGAACUUCCUGCGCACGCGGGGCCGGGCACUCGUCCCGACCCAGCAGCUCCUCCUUUUUGCCCUGGAUGUGGCUCAGGGCAUGGACUACCUGGAGUCCAAGAAGCUGGUGCACCGGGACCUGGCUGCCCGCAACAUCCUCAUCUCCGAGGAGAACGUGGCCAAAGUGAGUGACUUUGGCUUGGCCCAGGUCAACCCCAAGGGCACGGACACCACGUUGCUCCCUGUGAAGUGGACGGCACCAGAGGCCCUGAAACACAACAAAUUCUCCUCCAAGUCGGAUGUGUGGAGCUACGGGAUCCUCCUGUGGGAAACCUUCUCCUUUGGACGGGCACCUUACCCCAAGAUGACCCUGAAGGAGGUGACAGAGCUGCUGGAGCAGGGGUACCGCAUGGACCCCCCCGAGGGCUGCCCGCCCACCGUCUAUGCCCUGAUGAAGAGCUGCUGGGAGAUGGAGCCAGGCAAGCGCCCGUCCUUCAAGAAACUCACAGAGAAGCUGCAAAAGGAGCUGAAGCACCUGAGGGACGUUUAACCCCUGUCCUGCUACCAGGGCCCAGGACCUGAAGCCCCCCAGACCCACUGGGAGUGGCAUGGCAGUGGGGGCCAGGAGUGGGGUGGCCUGUAGUGCCACUCUCGCCCAGUGGAGAUGGGGCAGCAGCUGGGAGGGGUCUCAUCUCCCCUGGGACACCCAACAACAAGGCAACAGCCUCCCUCCACCCUGGCACAGUCCUUCCCACCACACAGCCCAGAGAAGGUUCCCGUGGGAUCAAUCUCUCCUGACCCAUAGGGGUGUGGAUUGCAGCCCCCAUGGGGGCCAUGCCCCACACACCCCCUGUGCUCAGCCCCAGUAGUGGUUGCUGCACAUGGGGUCCCUUCAAGCUACAAUCCCAGGGAUGGGAGACGAGACUGGACAUCUCCACUCACUGGAGGAUGAAACCCCAACCCUGACGCAGUCCUGCUCCAGCCUCCUGGCCCAGCAUGGGGAUGCCAGCACAGCCAGCUAAACCACACGGAUUUGGGCUUUUUGAUUAAACCAAAGAAAUUAGUUCAACAUCAUCUUUAAGCCUCUGGGGUGAAAUUAGGCCUAUCCUUUCAUCAGGGCCCAGCAAAGCCCAGCAAAAAGCUUUUGGGGGGGCCGGGAGCUCUGGCUCUCAGAGCCCCCCACGCAGUCCAGCCCCUCUCCCCUCAGGGCUCUGCAAGGCGGGGGAUUAUGAUUUUAAUCAGAGGCUGUAUGGGAAUUGCUUGUGUAUAGAUUGCAGGCACAGGGCACGUCCCCAGCAGUGGGGAGCCCCUGGCCCUGCAGGCUCCCGAGCAAUCUCGGGUCUGGGUGAGCAGGGAUUAGUGGGGGCACGGGUGGGUGUGUGCCCGUCGCCGCCUCGUCUGCUGCCAGUGCUUUGACCCUCGAGUGGGUUUUUUCAGCUAAUCCUCUUGUGUCUCCUCUGUGCUGAUUUCUUGAACCUCCAACCCCACUGUGUGGGUGGCUCUGGGUGCCCACGGCCUAAGGUUCCUCCCAUGACUUGGCCCUGUGGGUACUGCCCCCACUGGGACCCCCCAGACCCAGGGUGUGCUGGGGUUCAGUGGCUCCUUCCACCUGCCCAUCGCCCUGAUGAGGCAGCACCUGCUGUCCCCACACACUGCCGCUGUCUUC